AUGUUACCUUCUCUCGGAGGUCCGCAUAUAGUUGAUAAUGCUGUGAGCUUCUCGCGCGCGCGCGAGGCCAACCCCUGCUGGAGGAAGGCCAACGCUACCACCAUGGAUGUCAACGCGGAGCAUGUUGUUGAAGCCGUCAAGGCUUUGCAAAAUCCCAAAGGCUCAACUGCGCAUGAGAUCAAAAGAUUCCUCGUCUCCGAAGGUCACAUCGACAAAAGUGCGGACGUCAAGCUUGCCAUUUUGGCCGCUCUGAAAUCCAACAGAGUGGCCAGGCCUCAGGGAGCAAGAGGUCGCUUCUUGUUCUGGGGCUCGAAAGGGUCCACUGAGGGAAGUAAGCUUGGAAGAUGCAAACCUAAGAAGAAGAAGAGGAGGAAGCCCAAAAGAGCAUCUUGCGGUAGAAAAAGGAAGCCUAAGAGGAAGAAGCGCUCCAAGAAGUCCUGUGGUAAGAAAAGGAAGCCGCGCAAGCCAAAGAAAAAGAAGUGCGGCGGGAAGAGGAAGAAGAGCAACAAAAUGGCAAUGACUUGUUCCGGCGGAAAGGAGCUGGUCAUUUUCUGCGCUCGGAAACCUAAACCCAAACCCAAAAAAUGCUGA